CUGACACAACCUUUAAGAGCAGGAAGUGACAACAGCUGCAGAGAAACUGUAGUUAAAGGGUUAACGUCAGAGCUGAUUGGACGGAGCUGCAGCGUGUUAGAGAAGCAGAAUAAACUGGUGUUAAAGCUGGAAGACGCUGAGAGUAUUUAGUGUGGACUCCAUCUUCUCUGAGCUCACAGUUGUUCUGUCUGUCUGCAGUAAAAGCUCAAACUAACCUGAGGUCCAUUUCUCUUCAGUUCUGACCUCACUGCUGAGCAGCACAACAAACCAAGUCUCUCUGACUGUGAGUCCCAGCAGCUCUCAGAUGUUUGAAGGACAGCCUGUCUCUCUGAGCUGUGAGGAGGACGACAGCUCUGCUGGAUGGACUCUGAGGAGGAACACAUCCAGAGAAACCAGAGCUGAGUGUAAAGACUGGGGAAUAUCUGCUGGUUCUUCUUGUAACAUCGACUACAUGCUCCCAUCGGACAGUGGAGUUUACUGGUGUGAGUCCAGAGAGGGAGCAACCAGUAACAGCAUCACCAUCACUGUCACUGGUGGACCAGUGAUCCUGCAGAGUCCUGUCCUCCCUGUGAUGGAGGGAGAAGACCUCACUCUGACCUGUAGAACAAAGAUGUCCUCCAACCGCUCAGCUGAUUUCUAUAAAGAUGGCUCCUUCAUCAGGACUGAGCCUGCAGGUCACAUGACCAUCCACCAUGUUUCCAGGUCUGAUGAAGGCCUCUACAAGUGUCUCAUCAGCAGUGUUGGAGAGUCUCCACCCAGCUGGGUCUCUGUCACAGUUCUGACCUCACUGCUGAGCAGCACAACAAACCAAGCCUCUCUGACUGUGAGUCCCAGCAGCUCUCAGAUGUUUAAAGGACAGUCUGUCUCUCUGAGCUGUGAGGAGGACGACAGCUCUGCUGGAUGGACUCUGAGGAGGAACACAACCAGAGAAACCAGGACUCAGUGUGGAGAUGGCUGGGGAAGACCUGCUGGUUCUUCCUGUAACAUCAGCUACAUGGUCCCAUCCCACAGUGGAGUUUACUGGUGUGAGUCCAGAGAGGGAGCAACCAGUAACAGCAUCACCAUCACUGUCCCUUGUAAGAUCAGACUGUGGAGUCACUGGUUUCUAUAA